CCCUAUUUGGUCUAAAUAUACUGAAAGCUUAUUAACGGGAAAAUUUGGAUCUUCCACAGCACAACCCUCCAUUUUUGUUGAACCUACACGUAACGAUGGUGAUGACUAUGAUGAUAGCAAAAAAAGUGGAAGAAGUGCUUUUUGGAACCGGUGCAAGGCCCUUAUUACAUGA